CUUACUUUCACCCUCAUCACAUUGGCAUUUCCAUUCACACGCUACCAGACCAUGUUGCUUUGUGCUUCACUUAUACUGUAACCACGUUAAUACACUUAUUGUCUGCAACCACGACAGUGCAUUAUGCGCAGGAGCCGUGUGCACGAUCUACUGCUUGCGUCGGCCCCCAGGCCUGCUGCUACUGCAGGAGCGGCAACAAUUUCACUGCCAGAGCCCAUAAUGCCGUCAAUUACACCACCUCCACAAGUACAGUCAACAUCUCCCACCACUCUUCCAGCAACCCCAACUCGCGACCUUGAGUUCACCAUCAUCACUUCAAAAGGACAACUGCAAGUUACUGUUCCCGACAAUGUUGAUUUGAAUGCGCUGCUGAAGAAGGCCUCGGAAGCUUUCCAGGGUGUGGAACUGGUACAAGCGAAAACUCUGGAAGGGCGGAGUGUUUUUGGUGGCGAAUCGGUUGCGAGCGUGCAUCGGAAAGACCAUAUUUUGUUGGCGCUGCUGUCGCAUGAGGUGAAAAACAUCCCUCAACCAUUCCAGAAAGUUUUCAAUGAAGCACCCGGCCCCGUCGAAGUGACUUCUACCAACGAAGAAGAGCUUGCCCCAGUGUCGGGGCCCGUCUCCUCCAAACCAGGAGGAAUUGGCAGGAGGACUGCUGUCAGAAAGAGGACGACCGAGAGAGAUUCGCGGGCCUCUCCAGAAAAGAAGCUUGAUGCUGUUACAGAAAGUAGAGAUUCACUUUCAUCAACGCUCGCUGUGACCGGAGAAGGGCUUAUGCCGCCAGCACCACCACCACCACCACCUCCCCCGCCCCCAAUCAUGCGAGGAGGUCCGCCGCCACCGCCUCCUCCUCCACCACCGAUCAUGCGAGGAGGGCCACCACCUCCUCCUCCCCCUCCUCCGCCGCCGCCACCACCAACCAUGGCAGGUGGGCCACCAUCUCCACCUCCUCCUCCGCCGCCACCACCGACCAUGGGAGGAGGUCCACCACCUCCUCCACCUCCGCCGCCGCUACCGACCAUGGGAGGAGGUCCACCACCUCCACCUCCUCCGCCGCCGCUACCGACCAUGGGAGGAGGUCCGCCACCGCCCCCACCUCCGCCGUCGGUGAGGGGACUGCCGCCAGCAAGUACUCCAGUUAUGGACGCUGGAGACCUGCAAUCGGCGUUUUUGGCGGAGCUACGCGACCCCAACCGUAGAAAGAAGCUUCGCAAGGUGCAAGCUCCUGCUCCAAAGCCUGUGGCGACUCCAGUAAAGACUGGGCCCACAGAAGAAGACAUUGAAAUGGAAAAGAGCGAGCUCUUCAUCGAGAUGUUGGGUUUUAUGGAAGCACCAGGUGGAAAUAUUGAAGAGCUCGCUGAAAAAUGCAAAUCAGUCACCAACACUGGCCGUGGAUUCAUUUUCACGCUUAUUCGGCGAGGAUGGCUUGUUGGAUAUCGCCUUGUGGACGGGCAGGAUGCUAAGCCAGCUAAACCAUGCCAAGUUUGGCCAGGGAGAGAAUGGACUAAUGCCAUUGACCUUCCCGAUGCAGUCGAAGCAGACCUAGUUGACCAGAAUGGGGAAGCGCAAAUCCUCACGCGUGUGCACCUGUAUCGCUUUGACGAGAAAACAAAGAAGCAUGUCCUAGACGAGAUUGCCCUCCUGGUCGGUCCACGCUUUCCCCCUCAACCGCCACCGUUCAAUGAUCCCGAACCGCCAAAAGAUAAUUCACUCAAGAGCCGACAAGCGUGGGAACGGUGGCAGCACAGAAAACUUAUGUAUGAGCAGAGUGAUUACCCUCAAUAUCUUCUCAUAUUCAACAAGCUCAUGGCCACUGACGCGUCACUUGUUGCUGCGUAUCAACAACUGGUGGACACGAUGGCGGAUAUCCGAAAUAUGGGUGACGCUCUCCGAACUGCGUUCUCGGGUGCAUCAGUAUGGGAAUUGAGAAGGAUCGUGGAGUCGAUUCCGUUGAGGAUCAAGGAAGUUAAAAAACAAUUGGAGAAAGACACUGGAAUUAUUAUACGGGAUGAGUCGGUUAAGCUUACACCAGAAUUUUUGGCUCGGAUUGAGAGCGGGAAGGAUAAGCAGCAGGAAAAAUCCAUUGCUCAUGCUGCGGAGAGUCAAACUAGUCCAAAUGCCACUGGGGAAACAAGUGCUACGGAGAUCCCCAAACCUGCCCCGCCAGUGCGAGCUCCUUCUGCUCCAGUACAGGAAACAAAGAGAAGGACUCCAGAAGCUGUUAACGACCUGUUUAAACGAAAACCGACAACGUUACGCGUAGAUGGCAUACCUGCCGAUGUCUUGCUGAAUAUGUUACAGCAAACAACGGUUAGGCCAAGGUUCUCGGCAAAGGGGGAAGUAAAGCGUGCCCCUACUGUUUAGUAUGUAUUUUUCUAUCUGUUUCUUUGUAUGGGCCGUCCGGUAUGUGCUCUCGUGCUAUUGCUUAAUCAUUCGUCGUAUAUGAGCAUUUUAAUGUAUUGAAUGUAACUGGAAAUAAUCUACACAUGGUACAUAACCGCAUUUAAAUAAUAAAUUGUAGUCUAGGCCA